UAGUAUGACGACCUUUCAACACGUUUUUUCUACUCGCUGUUCAACUUCGAGUUCACAGAUGUUAUGAAAGCGCACCAGUUUUCAGAUCUACGUUGUGAACGCGCCUCCACCAGAGAAUGUGUCAUGGCGGCCUCCUGUGUUUACAAAUUUGUAGCAUGACUUCGUAACUGCUGCUAUCCAAGUCCAGCGUGCGGUUCUAGAAAAUCUCGAAUGUCAUUCGAAGACACGAUUUGAACAAGGGCAGUUUUGUCUUUCACUUUGCAGAAGAGCAAGAGGCUUUUAAUAGCCAGAAAAAGUGAGGCGGGAAGCUGAAGUGAACAGUGUCUUGUGGGUGCUGUAAUGUUCCCAUCCUGCCUCAGACGAAAAAAUCCACCCUGCAGGAAGAAGCACUAUCCUAGUAGCACCUACCACACCAACGUCUGACACUGGCAGAUCACCAGGGAGACAGAUACGACACAGCACCGAGACACCAAGGGAAAAUAAGAUUUAAGAGGUACAGAGGGAUAGGUAAACCUAAGAGAGAUGUCUGGUUCCGUAGAGAGUGGUGAAACUGGGUGCGUGGCAGGCGUUGGUCAGGAUGCCGAGAUGGAUGGUGAACCUCCUCAAUCAACCCCACUUCUACCCUCGGACGACGGCCAGAAGUUGAGGGAGACUCUGGAGGAAGAGGCCCCUCCAGCAGCGAAGCAGCCCAGGCUUAGUGAAGAGGGUUUGAGUCUUACCCUAGACCUCCCAGAGACACCCAGAGAAAAAGCAGGAGAGGGGCAGGAGAACCUGGCUGAACUGAUCCAAGAUGGAGAGGCCUCUCAGCCAGGUGAGCUGAAGGAGAGCGAGGAAACUGCGGAGUGCCUUUCGAGCGGAGGUCCGUGUGAGGGUCAAGCCAUGCGUGACAGCGAAGAGGAGAAAGUGGAAGAAGUACAGGAGAGCGACGAAUCCGCUCAAACCCCCAGUGAAGGACAAAACCUGGACCUUGAUUUCAGCCAGAACCCCCAGAUGCUCACUGGCUCCUGGGCUGAGUAUUCCACCAUCCCUGAGAACUACCUUAAGGGCUGCAAAUGGGCUCCGGAUGGCUCGUGUGUCCUGACGAACAGUGCGGACAAUGUGCUGCGGGUCUACAACCUCCCCGCCGAGAUCUACAGCUACCAAUGGGACGCGCUGACUGAAAUGAAUCCAGUGCUCAAGAUGGCAGAGGGAGACACUGUUUAUGACUACUGUUGGUACCCCAAGAUGACCUCCCUGGACCCAGACUCCUGCUUUAUAGCCAGCAGUAGCCGUGACAACCCUGUCCAUAUUUGGGACGCGUUCUACGGGGACCUGCGCGCCAGCUUCAGACCCUACAACCACCUGGACGAGCUGACGGCGGCUCACUCCCUCUGCUUCUCGCCGGAUGGGUCGCAGCUGUACUGCGGCUUCGACAAGUGCGUUAGGGUGUUUUACACGGACCGGCCCGGUCGAGACUGCGAGGAGAGGCCCACCGCUGUGAAGAAGCUUGGCCCGGGUCAGACUGGCAUCAUCUCCUGCAUGGCGUUCAGCCCAUGCCAGUCUGUCUACGCCUGCGGCUCCUACUCCCGCACAGCGGGGCUCUACUCCUGCCAGGACGGCUCCCUCCUGGCCCUUCUCCCACCCCGGCACCAUGGGGGCGUCACGCACCUGGCCUUCUCACCCGACGGACAGCACCUGUACACUGGGGGCCGCAAGGACCCAGAGAUUCUGUGCUGGGAUCUGAGGGACCCAGGAAAAGUUCUGUUUUCUUUGAAGAGGACCGUGGCCACCAACCAGCGUAUCUACUUUGAUCUGGACCCAUCUGGCCGGUACCUGUUGACUGGCGAUACGGAGGGCUUGGUGUCAGUGUGGGACACCCUCACAGCUCCCCCUGAUGGUAACGAGGAGCUACUUCAGCCUCACCUCCAGUUCCAGGCUCACAGGGACUGUACUAAUGGCAUCAGUGUCCACCCCUUCAUGCCGCUGCUGGUAACAUCCAGUGGGCAGCGGCAGUUCGUUUCUCCGGGGGACAGCAGUGAUGGAGAUUCCUCCGACUCUGGCUCCGAGGCUGACGUCGUGAUGUUGUCGCCUACCCCGGCGGUCCGGCAGGACAACGCCCUUACAGUGUGGUGGGCCGGACCACUACUCCCAGCCACAGAGGGGUGUGAGGAGGAACCUCCCUUGCCUCCAGCGGUGCUUAUUGAGUAACUGUGGAAUAGCUGAACUCAAACGCACCCCUUACCAAAUGUAACUUCAAACUGCCAAUAGGAAAGGGUUUAGUAUAAUACUGGGAGGAGUUAUGCUGUGAAGAAUGUGAAAAACAGUGUGAUGAGUUGAGUCCCUUGUAUUCAGUAAAUGACAGCUUUCCCCAAGGCCCCAAGCAUAAACUAUGGUGAGGGUUACCGUGACAUGCUAUUACAAAUGAAUAAAGCCAGGUUACUAUAGCUAGCAGGGGUGUUCCCUAUCCAAAAAUAUAAAACCCACUCAGGUUCAGACAAAGAGUUAGAGGACAUCCCUUUAUGGUUUACAUGGGCGUCUCUGUCGCUGUAAUUGCCAUUUCAAAGUAGCACAUCUUUCUGGGGCUGUUUUCUUUGACUGAUCCUAAAGAAGGAAUCGGGAAGAAUCUGGUAAUAAAGUUGGAAGUCCCUAGCUACAUUAAAAGCCCUCAAUGGCAAUUUCGCACCAAAACAGACAGGCGGCCUGUAGAAGCCUCUAUUCAUAUCUGUGGGUGUAAAUGACAGACCCAGCGCCACAAGUCAUAGACAUGGUUGUCCCUGGGCAUAAGCCACGUUAGACCGGUCGGUAAGUUAAUAGAGCACAGGGAAAAGUGCUGUUGAAUACAUCUAUCUUCCUUACAGUCAUUUUCUCUGGGACCUGUUGUGUGCCUGUUCUGGUGUUAUUAUCUGGUUCCAGAUCUGGCUCUUCUUACCAGCUCCUAAUGGUCGUUGUCAAGCAAGACGGUCUGGGAUCGGGCCAAAUUCUGUAGUGCUGCCCGCAGUUCAAGUGCCAUUGAGAAUCAUAAGUGGGCUUUGAUUGUACAUCCUUUUUUUUUAUUGUUGUGACCAGCUAGUGUUGCUAAAUGCGUGACAGUAAAUGUAUAUUUUUGUAAAGCUGUGAUGAAUAUUAGAGUUUGUGAAUGUAUUAAAACUGGUGAGCAGUUGGGGUAAUUGCUGUAACUGCAAGCAAACGGA